AUGACAGUGCUUGUGGGAGCGCACUCCAUAGGCUAUGCCAGAUGUGCCAGUUUCAGGAGCCACAUUUACAAGGACACCAACAUAGAUCCCCUAUUUGCUAGUACAAGAAGGAUUAUUUGCCCUCGGGCCGGUGGUGAUAACAAUAUAGCUGCGUUUGAUAACUCAGUCAUUACCUUCGAUAACGAUUACUACCGGGGCCUCGUGGAUCGUCACGGCCUUCUUCAUUCAGACCAGGAGUUCUUCAACAAUGGAACUCAGGAUGGGCUGGUGAGAAAUUAUAGCAAGGAUAACAAUGCGUGGAGGAAAGACUUUGUUGAAUCUAUUGUGAAGAUGGGGAAUAUUAAUGUUCUUACUGGGACUAACGGAGAGAUCAGAAAGAAUUGCAGACUCAGGAACUGA